GUCUUUUCGCAUCCAACUCAAACUUUCAUUCCUUUCCAUACUUAAUUCUCAAUUUUCUCAACAAACCUUUUUAACUUUCUGCUUUCAGUAUACCCAAAAAAUUAUGUGUGGGGGUGCAAUCCUCUUUGAUCUUAUUCCCCGUAACAAUAAUGGCGGCCGCCGUGUCUCCUCAGAUGACCUCUGGCCUAGCUCCGCCGACUUUUGGCCCAAUUCUCCCGACCUCAAGGGUACUGGCUCCAACUGCUCCGCCCAGAAUGGCUGUCCCUCCCUUAAACGAUGCGAUCGCUGUACUGGUGAUGAGCGUCCUGAGAGGGCGAAGAAGAGGCAGAGGAAAAAUCUGUACAGGGGAAUCAGGCAGCGACCUUGGGGGAAAUGGGCGGCGGAGAUUCGGGAUCCGAGAAAGGGUGUGAGGGUCUGGCUGGGAACGUUCAAUACGGCGGAGGAAGCGGCGAGGGCGUACGACAGGGAAGCUCGGAAAAUCCGAGGAAAGAAAGCCAAAGUGAACUUCCCCAACGAGGAUUUCGAUGACUACAACACUUCCCAGCCGAGAUUCCAAAACGCCGGCACCGGCAGCAGUUUUGCUUACCCGGUCGACUCGUAUUACAACAACGCCUACUAUUCGAUAAACAGAGGCGAGCCCGCCAUGGGAUAUUCAGCUCAGAACGAAGAAGCUUCCGGGUCUGUUUCAGGCUCAGAGAAUGGGUAUUAUUCAUGUUCCCAGACUGGCAAUGAAGGAUCAUUGAUGAACCAGAUUAAGGAGGAAAACGAAGAAGAAAAAGAAGAAGAGAAAGCGGUUCACGUAGCAAACAAGGCAGAAGAAGAUAACCAAGUGCAGACACUGUCGGAGGAGCUAAUGGCCUAUGAAUCAUACAUGAAAUUCUACGAAAUACCUUACCUCGACGGCCAGUCAGCGGCGGCGCCGGAGCCAAUCGUCGGCGGCGGCUCGUUGGAGCUCUGGAGUUUCGAUGACGUCAAUCCCAGCUGUGCCUAAUCUUAAUCCCAAAUCCUCCAUCUUUCUUCCCCAGGAAACUGUUCAAAUUUACAACUGUUUGUGUUCUUCAUCAUUACGUUCCUUAAUUCCAUUUGUUCCAUAGUUUUCCAUCUUCAAACGUUGUCCAACAUUUGCUGUAAUUUUAUCCCGCAACAUCGGAGGAAUUAUAUUUAAUUUUGUUCAUAA